AUGUUAGAUAUUAAGGAUGAGUAUAAAUUACAAGAUGAAUUUAUUAAAUUAAGAAGAAUAUUAAUAAAUAUCUUUUGCUAUGAACUGUUUUAUUCUCCGAAUAAAAAAUUAAAAAAUAGAUUAUUGUAUAUAAUAAGAAAAAGUGAAUGUUAUAAGAAAUGUUGUUUUUUGUUUAAUGGUGAAUAUAAUAAUGUACAUAAUGAUGAUGAAUUUUGUGUAUGUGCUUAUAAAAAAUAUAGACAAAAGAUAAAUAAAAUUUUCAAACGUUUUAUGAUGAAAAAGAAUAAAUAUAAUAAAAGGAAAAAAAAAGAAAAGGACAAUAAAUUAUAUACAUAUUGUGAGUUAAGAAAAAAUAUUUGUUUUAUGGAAAAGGAAAUUUUUAAUAGAUUAUUUUUUAAUAUUAAUAUUAGAUAUUCUAAUUAUGUGAUAGAAAGAAAAUAUAUGUAUUUAUAUUUCUUGUUCAUAAAAUUUAUGGGUGUAUUAAAAAAAAAAAAAAAACAAUAUAUAAUAAACAACAACAAUAAUAAUGUUAGUAAAAAGGAUAAGCCUUGUUGUUUCAUAGAUUCUUUGUUGUCCCAUUUUUGUAUAAAACAGUUUUCAUUAUUUAUUAAUUACUUAUUAAAGGGGAAAAGGGACAAUAUUUAUUUUGAAUUAUUGAAAGGAGAAAUUAAAAGUACUUUUUUUAAUUUAAACAUAGAUAAAAAUAGAUACAAAAAAGAAAAUGUACAUAUAUAUCAGAAGAAAUAUACAAAUUUUUGUCAUUCUAUUGUUAUAUAUAAAUAUAAACCAAUAAUAAAAUAUGAAAAAAAAAUUCAUAACAAUAUUAAUAAAAAAAAAAUAUAUAUAUAUUAUUAUAUCAAAUAUCUUCUUCAGAAAAAAAAUAAUUCAUAUAAUUUUUCCAUAAACAGAUUUUAUUACAUUAAACAUAGAAAUAGGACACAAGAUAUUUUUUUAAAUAUUCCAAAAAAGAAAAAUAUAUAUAUUUUUAGUGUCAAUAUUAAUAGUUUUAAAUGUGUUAUAAAUAAAUUUAUAUAUAACGAUUUUUAUUACAAUUUAUUAAAUUCUAUUUUUUAUAGUAUAAUAAAUAUACCCUUACAAUAUGUAUGUGAUACGUAUAUAUAUUAUUUAUAUUGUUAUGAUAGUGACCUUAAAAAUGAUGAGAAUUUAUUAUGUGUACAUGAAGAAUAUAAUAACAACAUAAAUAAAAACAUGGAAAAUAAUAACAACAUAAAUAAAAACAUGGAAAAUAAUAACAACAUAAAUAAAAACAUGGUAAAUAACUACAAUAAUAAUAAUGAUAUUUAUAAUGAUAUUUAUAAUGAUAUUUAUAAUUAUAAUCAUAUUUAUAAUUAUAAUCAUAUUUAUAAUUAUAAUCAUAUUUAUAAUUAUAAUCAUAUUUAUAAUGAUAAUAAUAAAACAGACAAAUGUAAUAAUACGUGUAAUAUAAAAAAACAUAAAGACAAAUUUAUACAUUUCUUAAAAUAUUUGUUUAUAUCAUCAGAUCAAUAUGAAAAAGAUAUAAAGAAUAAUCUACCAUAUUCACAAAGGUCUUUUCUUUUUUAUUUUAUUAAUCAUAUAAAAGGAUUGUUGAAAAAUAAUAUAAGAAAUAUGUUAUAUUUAACUAUAAGCAAUGUGCACAAAAUUAUAUACAAUGACAUGUCCUUGGAAUAUAUUUUUUAUUUAUUUCUUUUUUAUUUUAUUUUUCUAGAUAUAAAAAUAUAUUGUACCAUAUUUAUUAAUUUGGAGAAAACAUCUUUAUCUUAUGAAGAAAUAAAAAUAUUUAAAUAUUUUAUCAAAGGUUCUACUGAUCAUAUAAAAAAUGAGAAAACAAAAAAAAAAAAAAAAAAAAAAAGUAACAUAAAAAAUGAUAUAUGUAAUAAUAUUAAAAAUACAAACGUGUAUAACCCUACCAAAAAUUAUAAUUAUAAUAAUAAUAAUAAUGAAAAGGUAAGCGAUUAUUUUCAUAUAUGUUUAAUAUGUUCAUAUAAUAUACUAAAUCAAGACAAGAUAUUUAUGAUGGAAAAAAUAAAAAUUCUCUUUUAUAUUAUAUAUUAUAUUUUAUAUAUAAAUCAUUUUAGUUGUGAUAAAAAUCAACAUGAUACAUUUUUACGUUAUUUCCUUUUUUACACUUUUCAAAAAAAAUCGACGUUGUUUAACAUAUAUCCUUUACUUUCAAAAACACAAAAAUGGUUACCUGAUGAGUAUAAGGAUAAUCUUCUUAUAAAUUAUGUUGUUCAUACAUGUUGUAGUUUUACUAAAAAAAAAAUUCAAAAGGAUUUGAAAAAGUAUCUUAUUAAAUUAUUAAUUAGUAAGAAACAUAAAUAUUACCAAUAUUUUAUUAAAUUAUUAAAUGAAGAAGAUAAAAAUAUAGCAUAUUUUAAAAAAGACAUUUUCAAAAAUACACAUGCGAUUAAUGAAUAUAAGAAUAUUCAUUAUAAUAAAAAUACCAAAAAUGAACAAAUAUAUAAUAAUUUUAUAAAUAAUAAUUAUAAGGUAAAAUAUAACCAUGAAAUAAUAUCUUCUAUAAAUAAAAAUUCAUUUGUGAAAGAUCAAAGAAUUUAUCUUUAUAAUAAACAAAUAUUAUAUUAUCAACAACAAUUUUAUAAUUAUGUUUUUUAUAUGUUCAGGACAUUCUAUGAAAAUUUAAAAUUAUUCUUAUUACCAUUAUUACAAAAUAUUUAUCACAACCGUUUGAUAUAUAUAAAUGUAUAUAUGUAUUUAUUUAUGAUACGUUCUUAUUAUUAUAUACAGAAAAAAAAAAAAAUAAACAUCAAAAAUGUGAAAUGUGAAAAAUGUAAAAUAUAUAAAAAAUGUAAAAAAUAUCAAAAUAAUAUUUGUUAUUAUUAUUAUUAUUAUUAUUAUUAUUAUCGUAAUAAUAAUUAUAACAAUAAAUUGUUAAUUAAUUAUUCAUCAGAGGGUCAAGUAUUAAAUAUAAAAGAUAUUACAUGUACCAAAAAAAGUAAAGAAAGGAAACAAUCUAUUAUUUUAAAAUAUUACAUAAUCAAUUUAUGUAUACAUUUAUAUAAUUAUUAUCUAUUUAUGUUAAAAAAAAAUAAGGUUAAAAAAUGUAAUAAAAUGUUUUUAAGAAAAUAUCUGAAAUUACUUCUAUAUAUAGGACGUAACAUAUUACAUAUAUGUACACACCCUCAGCAUUACAUACCAUUUCUAUGUAAGAUGAUUAAUUUUGUCAAUAUGUAUAUCUACAAAUAUGUGGAAUGUUAUAAUGACAUAUCUUGUAUAUAUUCAAUAAAAAAUGAAAAAAUGAAAUAUAAAAACAGGUCACCAUCUAUUCUAUAUAGAUUUUUUCUUAUAACAAAACAAACUACCAAUAUGUCCAUUCAUAAUAUUAAAAAAAAAAAAAAAAAAAAAAAUUUCUGCAAAAAAAACAAGACAUAUUUUAUUAUAACAAAUGGAAAUCAUAACAUAUAUUUAGAAAAAUAUAUAAAGAAAAUAUUAUUAAACAAAGGGGUGCAAAAUAUAUUCCACAAUAUUUAUGUACAUAUAAAAGAGGAUUCUUUUUCUGUACAAACAAAACAGAAUUUUAUAAUUUUUAAACUUAAAUAUAAAGAAGAUGAUAACACAAAUACUUUACAGAAUAUUUAUUACCAAAUUAAUGGGAAAAAAUAUUUUGUUUUUGAUAAUUUAUAUAAAUUAAAAAAGACAUAUAAAAUAAAUUAUAUAAUUUUAUGUUUACUAUUUUAUAGAUAUUGUUAUUUCUUUUAUACAUACAAUUCUUUUAUUUUUUCGUAUCUUUUUACAAAUAUUUUUUGUAUAUGUAUUGAUUGUCUUAAUAAAUAUGUUAUUGUAAAAAAUUGUCAAGAUAAAAAGAAGGAAAGGUGUCAAGAUAAUAGUCAUGAUUGUUUUUAUAAACAAAAUGGCAUUUUAAAAAAAAACAGGAAUCAUAUCUUAAUUAAAAAUUUUUAUUAUUUGAUUUUCUUUUUAUUAAUACGUUAUCAUACAAUCAUUGGAAAUAUUUCUCAUUCGGGUUUACAAAAUUGUAUACCCAAGAGAAUAAUGAACGCUUUAAAAAAAUACAUGAAUGUAAAUGUAGAAUGUUUUUCUUCCCCAUUCAAUUCUGUUUUAGAAAACUAUUGUUCUUUUUUUAGUGACAUUGAUAUUUUUUUUGGAAGUAAAGGUGAUUUCUUCAAAUAUACCUUAAAAAGUGGCGUAUAUGAAGUCAACCCUCCUUUUGAUAUUUUUCUAAUUAAUAAGUUGAUAAUAUAUAUUUUGUUCAAGUUAAAAAUGGAUGUAAAUCAUCUAACCUUUUUUUUAAUUAUUCCUUAUAUGAAGGAUAUAAAUUAUUACUAUGAGUUAUUAUUUUCUUCGUCUUAUCUAUCACAUUUUUUCAUAUUACAAAGGAAUACAUAUACAUUUUCAACCAGAUUAUUUGAAGGAAGGGAGAAUGAAUAUAUAUCAACGUGUGAUUGUUUUGUAUUUAUUUUGCAAAAUAAAAAAGCACAAAUUGAAAAUAGGAUUCCUAAGAAAAGAGUAUUAAAAAUAAAAAAGUUAUGGCAAAAUGUUGAUCAUAUUUAA